AUGCGAAUUCUGGUUCAAAGAAGUGGUGAGAGAAAAGUCGCACUUGUCUCGGAAGCAUAUGCACUGAUUUUCAAAGCGGUGGAAAAUGAAGAGGAUCGGACGAAACCGCUCUGCGCAAUCGAAUUGCUGCCUGCCUCAAAAAUUAGCUCCUCAUACCAGAAGAUGACGUCGCACGAAGUUCAUGGUUUUAUAGGCUUAAUUGAGCUGGAUGGUCUAAUCUUCAUUUGCACCAUCACAGGGAAAACGAAAGUUGCACAGCCGGUGCCCAAAGAGACUGUCAAUAAGAUCUUUGCAGUAGACUUCUUCUGUUUGAACGAUGCUCGCUGGGACUUUGUUGAGCUUGACUCCAAUGGCUUUCCAGUGACCUCCGAGGAUGACUAUAGAGCACCAACUGGCUCAUAUCCGGGUCCAGGAAGUGGCAGUAGUGGUGGAAGUAGCGGCGACCAGUCACCGAUGGUACCCGGCCACCCUUGUCAUGAGCUGCGUAAACUGCUAUCCAACGGGUCUUUCUAUUACAGCUCAACGUUCGAUCUAACGUCCAUUUUACAAAAGAGAGGCAUGAGUGCUCAUUCGCUGAGCUUCGACAAUUAUCAGGAAGAGUACAUGUGGAAUUCAUUUCUGAUGCAAGAGAUUAUCACCUUUCGAAAUCAUUUGGAUGAUACUGCGAAACGUGUGUUAGAUGAUGAAGGAUUUUUGACCACGGUAAUUCGGGGGUUCGCCGAAACCUUUAUCACAUAUAUUAAACAACUCAAGGUCUCGCUUACAGUAAUCUCUAAACAAAGUUGGAAAAGAGCAGGGACGCGUUACAAUGCUCGUGGUGUCGAUGACGAAGGAAACGUUGCGAAUUUUGUUGAGACCGAGCUGAUUAUGUAUUCACGCGAGUACUGCUAUGCAUUUACUCAGAUAAGAGGUAGCAUACCUAUUUUUUGGGAACAAGAUACAGCUUUGAUUAAUCCCAAAGUACAGAUUACCAGGUCUUUAGAGGCUACGCAACCGAUUUUCGACGACCAUUUUUCGCAACUGAUCACCAAAUAUGGUCCUGUUCAUGUGGUCAACUUACUCUCGACAAAAUCCAGUGAGAUCGAACUUUCUGCGCGUUACAAACAGCAUGUUGCAAAGUCUAAAGACCACAAACUGAACAGAGAUAUUCUUUUCACGGAGUUUGAUUUCCAUAAAGAAACUUCUCAAGAGGGGUUUGCUGCCGCUGCAAAAAUCAAACCACUCCUUACUCAAACGCUACUUGAGAGCGGAUAUUUUUCCUACGAUGUACGAGAGCACAAAGUAUUAUCGGAACAGCAUGGGAUUUUUAGGACCAAUUGUCUUGAUUGUUUGGACAGGACUAAUCUGAUCCAACAAUUUAUAUCUCGAUACGCAUUUGCAUUAUUUUUGAAUGACUUCCACCUAAUGUCGACCACGCAAGGCACGGCGUUCACAGAUAGCGACCUAUUCAUUAAGCAUAAUACACUUUGGGCGGACCAUGGCGACCAAGUUUCACAAAUCUACACCGGGACGAACGCUCUCAAAUCUUCGUUUUCACGUAAAGGUAAGAUGUCAUUCGCUGGUGUGUUGUCAGAUGCCACCAAAUCGGUCAGCCGAAUGUACAUCAAUAAUUUCAUGGACAAAAACAAGCAGGUCAACAUUGACACGUUGUUAGGGAGACUGUCAAAUCAGAGAGCGGUCGCCUUGUUUGACCCUGUCAACGAAUAUAUUUCAACAGAACUAAACAAAGCAUCGUCCGAGUUUACCACGUCAUCUACCAUCAACAUUUUUGUGGGGACUUACAAUGUCAAUGGUCUUACGCGGAAAGUGGACCUUUCGAAGUGGCUCUUCCCUAUUGGAGAUAAGUUCAGGCCUGAUGUGGUUGUUUUAGGGAUGCAAGAAAUUAUUGAAUUGAGUGCAGGUUCCAUCCUCAAUGCUGACUACUCAAAGAGUUCUUUUUGGCAGAAUAUUGUCAACGAGUGCUUAAACAAAUACAAUGAUCAAUAUUUGCUUUUAAGAGCUGAGCAAAUGUCCUCCUUACUUAUUUUGUUUUUUGUGAAGUCAGACAAGGUUAACAAUGUGAAGGAAGUAGAGGGUGCCACCAAGAAAACCGGCUUAGGAGGUAUGACGGGGAAUAAAGGUGCUGUUUCGAUCAGAUUCACGUAUGGCAGCACAUCUUUUUGCUUUGUGAAUGCUCACUUGGCGGCAGGUGUCAACAAUGUCGACGAAAGACGUAACGACUAUGAUAGCAUUACGAGAGGGAUAUGUUUCAGCCGAUCGAGGCAAAUUUCACAUCACGACUCAAUUGUUUGGCAUGGGGAUCUGAAUUACAGAAUCAUGCUACCUAACGAGGAGGUGAGGCGAGAGCUGAACAAACCUCCAAGUGAUGAUUUUCCCGACAAACUACUCGUUUACGAUCAACUCACUCAAGAGAUAAAUUCGGGAGUAAUUUUCAAAGGUUUCAAAGAACCAACGGUGAAAUUCCCUCCUACUUACAAGUACGACCACGGUACCAAUAACUAUGAUACCUCAGAAAAAGCACGAACUCCAUCAUGGACUGACAGGAUUGUUUACAGUGGCGAUAAUUUGAGACCGCUGGCGUAUUCAGAUGCCCAACUGAUUGCUAGUGAUCAUAAGCCGGUUUACGCUGCUUAUAGAGCGCAAGUUAACUUUGUGGACGAGGCUAUCAAAAAUGAUUUGACUAAAAAGUUAUACAUGAAGUAUAAGGAGGAUCAUCCGGACAGUUCCAAUGAAGCCAGUAUGGCUCUUGUUGAUGUCGAGUACGAAGAAAACAUUCGUCAAACCAGAACGACUGAGGGCGAAAGCAAUGACUGGUCCACAAUUAACUUGUUAGACCUCAACAAGGGCACAGCCCAGGUGAAAUCACCUUCGCGGUCUCCAUCACUUUCUUCCUCCUCAGAACUUUCGUCAAUCCAGUCUGUUCCGCUGCAACCUGUGAGGAAAGAUCCAGUUUCUUUUCCGUCAACCACCUCGUUGAACAGAGCUCGCGUUCCGCCGCCACCACCUCCAGCCCCCAGAGCCAACUCUCAACAGUCGGCACCCGGAUCGCUUGCAGCUAGCGUGAGUAACAAAGACCUUCACAAACGUAGCCCAGAAGCUCAAAGUACCACUUCGAUCGUUCCUCCGCCACCACCGUCCCGCAAAACGGCAUUCCCACCCGGUUAUAGCACCUCUAUCCUUACACCAAAAAGCACGAGCGCUACAGGCUCGAGAGUGGCUUCCCCAACUCCAGCCCCUCAAGCUCUGCCUUCCUCCUCUAAGCAGACCAACGAAGAGAGCAUCCAAAAUCUGCAGAGUGUGUCAUCAAUCGAUGAUGCUGAACACAAAACUGCGAAGAUUCCUCCUCCAAAACCAAGCAAAAAGCCAACGCUAGACAAUGUUUCUAUGGAUUCGUGGAAGCCACUUACGCCAAAAUGA